AUGGCCACGUCGAAGUCCUCCGGAUCCGCUUCGCCCGCUUCGUCCUCUUCGUCCUCUUCAUCAAGCCAUGAGGAGGAAAAACCAUCUGUGACUUUGGGCAACAGCGACACUUCCACAGAGGCUGAGAAUGCACCAGCUAAAGCGAGAGCAUAUGCUGGUAUGUUUACUUGGCCAUGUCCGCGGCAUUUUUUCCAAGACUUGGAAGAUCGACGAGCAGCAAAGGUCCUUAAGCCUUGUGAUGUUUCCAAGGAGAAACUGUUGGAGGCCUUCACAAAAGCGCUGAAGAGCAAAGGUUACUUGCACAAUCUUGUGAAGGCUGCCGUGGCGGAUGAACCGCACAAGCAUUACCAGCCCGAUGGUGCUUCUCGGGAAAGACACAAACACCUCAUCUUUCUGUUUCGAGCUCCGUUUGUGCACGCUGGCGUUCGCAAGCUGUUGGCCGAAGAGUUUGGGUACCAUGGAUUCUUCACAUUUCAUCGCGCGGGCUGGUGCGCCUAUCUGGAUUACCUGAUGAUGGAGAGCGCAAAGAAACCAGCGCAUGAUUUAGACCGUGACCUUGUGUUUUAUCCGUCAAGUUACACCAAGCAGAAAGCUGAUGGCGAGCUUGCAGGGAUGUCCUCGCAGGCCGCCGAAGAGGAAAAGAUGCGUGGCAACUCUUUGGUUUGGGACCAUGUGGGGCAGCUUCGGGAUCCAGCUGCGGAAGUGCAGAAAAUCUUGGCUGCGUGGCACCGACCUGAAACCUUGGGGGCUUCAACUCUUAUCACCUCACCACGCUUUCCUUUGGAGCACUUUGAUGUACCUCCACGGGUCCUGCAGUGGAAGGAGACCCAAUCCCUCACCCAUACCUUAAUCCUGCGUGGUCCGCCUGGGACUGGGAAGACUGAAAUGGCUAUAUCCGUGCUUUUGUCCACAUGCCGCGCUGGCAUCCACUUUGUCAGCAAGCUUGAUCAGAUGCAUAAGAUCACCGUGCACCCAGGUGAGGGACUUGUUGUCGAUGAGGCUUGCUUCAGGACAGUGAGCAUUGAUGAUGCGAAAGCUUGGUGCGAU